UCUGUGUUCUAAAGCAUCAUAAACAGGUCACUCAUUUAUCACAGGAACCUGCUGGACACAGUUAGCAUGCAGGUUUCUGGACUGUGAGGAAGAUGCAGCACCGACCUGCAGAGAAUCGGAGUUGGUCAAAGUACAACUAGGCUGUUAAAAACACUCAGUGGGGAAGAAUUACUGCAGUUAGACGAUGAAAAGGAGAAACGUGAAACACGACGAUUCGUCCCCCGACAGGAAGGACAGGAGGGCGGCUGGCGGCGGGAGGAAAGAGGGGACUCGGUCCCCCUGGUGGUCAAAACGGGGAUUACUGGCUGCUGCUGCUGUCUGCAUCCUGGUGCCUGUCACAUAUAAAAUAAUCCCUGCAUUGAUUCAGGACAUUAUUCACACGUACCGACUCAGCGUGCCGUUCUUUGAGGAUCUGAGCCAGCCUGCUGAUUUCUCCCUCAAUCACACCAUCAACAUGUACUUAACGUCAGAGGAGGGCAUUUCCCUGGGCGUAUGGCAUACAGUUCCUGAAAGUCGGUGGAAAGAAGCUCAGGGGAAAGACCUGUUGUGGUACCAGAACACAUUAAAUGAUGGAAAUCCAGUUUUUAUAUAUCUGCACGGAAACACGGGAUCAAGGAGGUCCUGGUGAAAACAGAAGUUUGUG